GUGUGCCUUUCUUUUUAUACUUCUUUUUUUUUGUUUUUGCUCCAGACAAGAGACAUUUAAAAUCUUUCUUUUUUUUUUUGUUGUUCUUUGCAUCUUUACAAACUCUUUUUCCCCACCCCCCCCCCACAUUUUCGCCAUUUUCAAUCUUGCUCGCGUUUCAUUACCCACGCUUUUCCAACCUCAAGGAAACAUGCAGCCUAGUCGAAUUGAUCUUUUAAAGAUUACACAGGUCCAAGAUGUACAAUUAGACAGAGGUCAAGAAACAUCUGUUGGUACAUUACACCUGACUGUUCACCACCUGAUAUUUAACCAUUCCGGAGAGGAGUUAUGGAUUCCUUACCCUAUCAUACAUACAGUCGAAAGACAACCCCCUUCUUUACAGUCCGGUCGUCACCCUCUUCAUAUCAAAUGCAGAGACUUUAUGAUCCUGACCUUGUCAUUAUUAAAGGACGGCGAAGCACAAGACGUUUUUGAUAGCAUUCAAAAGCUCGCUUGUGUAAGCUCAAUAGAACAACUUUAUGCAUAUGCUUAUCAACCUCGAAUACCUUUUACUGCCAACAAUGGUUGGAAAAUCUAUGACCCUAUUAAAGAAUAUCAACGGAUGGGUGUCGACGAAACCACAAAUACCUGGCGAUUCACUCCCAUCAACCAAGAUUAUAAGUAUUCACCUACAUACCCUCGCAUCAUGGUUGUACCAACAAAAAUAAGUGAUAAUACUCUCAAUUAUGCUGCAAAAUAUCGUAGUAAAGCUCGAAUCCCUGCUCUGUCUUAUAUGCACUGGCACAACUCGGCAACAAUUACGAGAAGCAGUCAACCACUCGUUGGAUUCAAACAAGCGCGUUCGAUUCAAGAUGAGAAAUUAAUAGAGGCUGUAUUUUCAUCCAACGUACCCACAGGUCCUAACGGUGAAACUGUGUAUGGUUCAACAGCUGCCAAUUUAAUCGUAGAUGCUAGACCCAUGGCAAAUGCAGUAGGAAAUGUGGCAAGAGGCGCUGGAACGGAAAAUAUGGAUCAUUAUCGGAACUGUAAAAAGAUUUAUGUGGCAAUUGACAAUAUCCAUGUCAUGAGAGAUAGUUUAGCCAAGAUGAGUGAAGCUAUGCAAGGUAUAGACUCGGCAGGCGGACAAGUAAAUAGAGGUGCUUUGCUGAGAUCUGGAUGGUUGAAGCAUAUCACAAUGGUAGUAGAAGGAACAAUGACAAUUGUAAAAAGUGUUCAUGUAUAUAAUUCCCAUGUGCUUGUCCAUUGUUCCGAUGGCUGGGAUCGUACAUCACAACUCGUAUCUCUCAGUGAAUUAUGCUUAGACCCCUAUUAUCGUACAUUUGAAGGAUUUCAGGUUCUAAUGGAAAAGGACUGGGUAUCUUUUGGGCAUAAAUUCGAAGAUAGAUGUGGACAUCUCUCGAAUGAAAAAUACUUUGUCAAUUUAGCUCAUUCUGGGGGGAACGCUGCCACAAACACAAUCAAGGAUAUGCAAAACAAAUUCUAUAAAUCAAAUUACUAUCAACGCGAAACAAGUCCCGUAUUUCAUCAAUUUUUAGACUGUGUCUAUCAAUUAUUAUGCUCACAUCCUACUCGCUUCGAAUUCAAUGAACAAAUGCUCAUCGAUCUGCAUUAUCAUGUCUACUCCUGUCAGUUCGGUACCUUCCUAUUCAAUUCGGAGGCAGAAAGAUCAAAACAUCAUCCUCAAGAUAAAACUUACAGUAUAUGGGAUUAUUUUAACUCGGAUAAAGAAAAAUUCACAAAUGAUCUAUAUGAUCCAAUGAAAGAUAAGGACCUGGUGGAUGAUGGCGGUGUCUUGAUGCCAGAUGCUACCAAAGUGAAAUACUGGGCUACACUCUUUAAAAGAGACGAUGAUGAGGUCAAUGGCUCAAUUACCUAUGGAACAUCGCCCGAAAGUAGUAUUAUCACGACGGAAUCACCCAUUUAGACUCUUGCCUUGUUCAUAUAGUCCAAAUGAUGAAUUUUAUUUCAUUUUGUAAUAAAUAAAUAAAUAAAUAAAAAAAAAAAUCCCCGUAAUAAAAAUAAAUAAAUAUCAGAUCCAG